CGCGAAACUCAUUUGCUACGCGUUCGUCUAGCACGUGCGACCACUGUUCUUUGCGCAGUGACCGUUGUGCGCGCGGCGUCUUUAGCUUCUCUACUCUCGUUCGGCACGCACACUCCAACGGAGUCUUAACACGAAUCCUUUAAUAUUAAACCGAUCAUCAUGGCGGAAGAAUAUCUUUAUGGAAUAACAUUGGAAGGAGUCAAUUCUAGCGAAGUAUGGGAUCCGGAACACAAGAACGACGAUGCAGACGGCACGAACCAACAUUUUGGUGCUGAUCAGAAGUUGAUCAUAAAAAUGGCUCUUCUAGGUCCAGAGGCUAAACCUGGUGAACUGAAUGUACUACAAGUCGAAGCAAUGGGUUUAAAAGGACCCAUUAAGGCACCAAUUGCUUUACUGGAGAUGGGGAAAACAGCACAGAUUAUUUUGGAUCUCAGUUUUCCUGAUCCUCCAGUCACAUUUACUUUGGUUAAAGGAAGUGGUCCUGUUCACAUAGUAGGACAUAAUUUACUUGGAGCCAGAAGAUGAAGAAGAUGAUGAAGACGAACCCAAGAAGAAGAAGACCAAAUUAACAACUGCAGCCAAAUACAAAAACCAAGCUAAUAAGAACAAGAAAAAAUAAACAUGAGCCUUAAUAAUAUGGAAAUAUAACAAACUUUUAAGUUAGGCUAAUAAGCGUAAGUCCAUCAUUAUCAUCCGCAUUUUUGCGAAUCUAGUAUCGUUUCACCAGAUUAUCAGACGAUAAACGUUACCUUCCACAUUUGUAUAACACAACUGGAUCAUUCAAUUAUUAUAAAAUAAUAUACUGUAUACUUUAUAAAGAAUGUCGCAUGUUUUUGGUUAAUGAAAAUUUUAAUUAAGUUAUAUAACGAACAGAAAGUGGAAUAUCUUUUAACAUCCUUCUUUGAAAUGCCCUAGAAGAAUGACCUUUAAAACAUAUUAAACAAACUCUAUGGGAUUUUAAGAAUGUGAAUCGAAAAUUAUUUUUUUGACAAAAUUUUAUGGAGUUGAAAGUUCAAAGGGGAUUCUUCUGAGGGUCGAUUACGUGUAAAAACAUUAAAGAAAAGAAAAAAAAAAUGAUGAAUAUUACAAAAUUAUCAUGGUGUUUAGAAGUUAAUGUGGAAAGAAAGUUGAUCAUAUUUGGAUCAGUUGUUGUUAAAUUAAGUGGAAGGUGCGAACGGAUCUACAGUGAGAUGUAUUCGUAUUGUUUCCUUUUUUGUCUUCUCCAAUGCCGUGUUCACACAUCGACACUUCCAAUAAUGCGAAGGUACAUUAUUCUAACGUAGACAUGUAAACGCGAGUCACAAGAAAAAAAUGAAUUUAUUAUGCUCUUUAAGAAGAAGAAAAAAACAAAUUUCAAAGAUAACGUUCCAGUGUAAUUUAUUAUUUUCGUGUGUACAAGAUGGGGAAGGAGUAAUAGUGACAGAACUCUUAUAUGCUAGAAUGUUAUUAAUAAUUGUAAAGAGGGUAAAAAACAAUGAGGUCAGAAUUAAAGGAAAAAAAAAGAAAGAAACAUAUUUACACGUCAUCUCGACAUUCAUUCCAUUUGAUGAAAGAACAGAAGAGGGGUUUACACAGGUGUACUACACAAUGUGAUGCUCUUACAUCGGUGUUAUAUGCGAAAAAAAGCAUAUGUAAAGCGUGUAUAAAACACGCCCGUGCGAUUGAUAAGUAGUCUGUACACCUAUUUUGUACAUAUACGAUACAAUAAAAAAUUUCACAACUUUUAAUCAGUAUUGGAUGAUGUAAUCGUUAUUUAGACGUCUUUCCUGAUAAAGGAAAAAUUAGGCAUUCGUAGGUUAAAAAGUUUUGUGACAUAUAAGCGUUUGUCAUUUAUUAAUACAAUCAAAGAUAUCUAAUAAUUCAAUGAAAAUGAUUUUUCGUCAUUAUGUGAGGGAAAGAAAUUGUUUGUUCAUACAAUCCCCGAGGAAAUAAAUACAAACAUCAUGUUAAUGAUUUUUAACGUGUGAGAGAUACAUCAGCCUAUUUUAUCAAAAGAAUCCUGUGAUUGCCUACAAAUAAAUAGAACUUAAAAAUUUGCUAGAUUGAGAACGUAAUAUUCGCUAUUAUGAUAUGCAGAAUAUUAGUUCUAAGAACAGUUUGAACAAGGACACAAACGUAAAGAUUUUUUGCUCAAGUACACAAUGUCAAAUUGUCAGCGAAGAAUUAACAAAUUUACGUCAACAAGUGACAGACCUAAAGGAAACAAUCAUAUCAUUAGAGAACAUUAUACAAUUAAAGGAUGUCCAAUUGCAAAAUAUGCAACGCGAUAAUAAUCGACUGUCGGCUGAAUUGAAGAAACAACAAAGAUACAUCAGGAACCUCAAACAGCAGUUGGACGAUGACAGGUUCUUCUACCAGAGAGAAAAGGAUUUCUUGAACAGUGAAAUACAACGGCAGAAAACACGACUUAAUGUCUCGAAAUUAUCAAAACAAAGGAAGGAAUUAGAGGUAGUACGAGAAUGUUUAGAAGAUGAGAAUAAGUCGCUUCGAGAAGAAUUAAACGAAAAAGUAGAAACAACGUACAAUUUAUGUAUAAAGUUUUUGCGAAUGAAAUAUGCCAAGGAUUCGUUGAGGCAAAAAUUUAACCAAUUACUAAAGGAGCACCUUCAAGUAAUGACAGACAUGAUGGAGAAACUAGAUGAAGCAAGAGAAGAACUCAAUAUAAUUGUAUCUGAAAAGUUUCAGGACCCUCUGCCUUUGAGUAAAGCAAAAUUUUUACAGGUGAAUUUCGUAAAAAGCUAUAAUCGAUUGUAGUCAUUGCUUAAUUAUAUAGUGUUUUAUAUUUUUUUAUUUAUUAAAAGAAAUUGUAUCAUGAUUCUCAGGUAGUGCAAAGAAAUGCUCGAUUAGUUCAUGAAAACGCGAUGCUUAAAAUGCAAAUACAACAUUUGACAUUGAAUAUCGAAAGAUUAAAAAGUUACAUGCAAAAACCGAAGUCAAUAAAUGUAGACGCAAAAAUUAUUGCAAAAUUAGCGGCACAAAGUAAGAAAAGAUAUAGCAAGGAAUCUACAAAAUGGCUACCGUUUCAGUAAGAUCAUAUGUUUCGUAAAAGACAUCAAUAUAUUAGUUUUUCUUUUUUUUUAAUAUAAAUGUUCUAUCUUUUUUAAAUAUUUUCCUGCUCGUAUCCUAUUCCUUUCUAAAAAAUUGACCGGAUAUGUUUCUCUAGUUUAUGUGAAAACGGAGUUAAUAAAACUUCGUCAGUUACCAAAUCGUCAAAUAGUGAAAAUCCUGUUGAUAAUUCUGGGGAUGCGAAAUUAGUGUCCAAAACGAUCAGUGUUCGGUCAAACAGCUUGAAAAAGUAUGCGAAUACGACAAUGCGAGAAAUGAA